UUUUUUUUUUUUUUUUUUUUUUUUGAUAAAAUGUGAAUUUAUACCAAAAAAUGGAACAUUAGUAGAGUUUACAAGAGCUAGGAUUAGCAGGAAGUUACAAAUGGCUCAAAAAAAAAGGAAAAAACCAUAUUGGAACUAAGGUGGAACUUUGCAGUGAGAAUUACUCAUAUUGGAACCAUAGGGAGAGAAGUUCUUGGCAGCGCCCAUGGGAAAGUCGAGCAAGGAGAGUGUCCCGAAUCUGUCUGUCUAGAGACUUGAACAAAACAGAAGGGGGUUGAGUAGUACCAUUGUGAAUGCGGCCGUUCCUUUCCCUCCAAAGGAUGGAGAUGAGAGCUUGGACUGCAAGGCGAUUCAGGGUGCGGGAGAGACCGUGAGGUGGAGAGAGCAACCAUUGCAUCAGGUGUUGCCAACUGUUAAGCGUGAACCCCGUCUGACCAAGCCGCUGGAGCAGCUGAGACCAGACCUGAGUAGAGACAGAACAUUGUAGGAACAGAAACUUGAAUGGGAAGCUUUAUCAGUUGAUCUUCUGCCACAUCCUGAUAUGUUCACUGACGCUAAUUUAGCCCGCUCUGAAGAAGAAAAUCUCAGAGAUGAUGAUGGUGCAAGCAAAACGAGUUUUCUUUGGCGGAGAACGAUUUUUAGAAGGAAUUUCUGGCCAAGCACAUAUUACAGUUCAGAGAACAGCACUAAACAGUCCACUUGGGCUUGAAGUCCAGUUACACAUUCCAGAAGCUGUUUGUCCAGCUCUAAGUGAACCAGGGUUGCGCGCUCUCCUCCGCUUUUUAACUGGAAUGUAUCUAUGCCUAAACCGAGGAGAUGUGGAUCCAAAAUCUCAGCAGUCUGCUGAAGCAGCAGGAAGGUAUCUUCUCUCUGUUCUUGUGGACCAUGUGUUUCUCUGCAUUAAAGAUGCUGAAUUCCAACUGGACCUACUGAUGCAAUCACUCCUCUUCUCUCGAGCCUGUGUUUCGGAUGGAGAAUCAGCUAACUAUUUGAUUAAGAUCUUGAUUGGUGGACUAUUUUUAAGGUGAAGCCGUGAUGACCAAGUAACAGAAGUGGACAAACACGCUAAAGAACUUAACUCAUGUCUUAACCGGGGUCGAUGUAAACUGUACUACGGUUAAGAAUACUUUUGGGACCACAACAGGAGGAAACGGCUACACUGCGGGUUCGGCGCUCACACAAGCUGUCCUCAUGUGGGAUUCAGAAGGAACAAGGCGUGCUUGUACCCUCCCUGCAAACGCAAUCAGUGAGCUGUCUUAGUGUCCAAAGGAAGCGUCUGCGUUAGGUCAUGAAGCGAGCUGCUCCAGGGUUUCUCUAUAAAGAGAAGGAAGUGUCAAGAGAGAGAGAUACGGUGUAAUAGAUAGAGAGAGAGAAAACUUGUAAUAGCAUAAACUGAUUAGCUUGUUUUCUCAGUCGUAGGAAUCGUUAGAGUGAAUCUCAAGUGCUAGUGAAGGGCAUUGAGGUGGGUCACUUAAGUUUCCUAUUGUAAACUCUAUCUGAAUCUAGUGGAUUCCGAGUUACCGACUCGGCCAGACGUAGCUACCCUCGUUAACGGGAGUGAACUGGAUAAACUUGCUUGUGUGCUCC